AUGUGUUUUAAAGACGAGAAGGACAUGAACAGUGUGUCACGAAGCGAGGUCCGAAAUACGACUUCCGCCGUGAAUAUGCAAAUAGAGCAUAAUUUAGCCGUCUCAUCAGAGGUGCCGAGUACGUUCAUGCAGACUCUCAAAACCAAAGUGUGCAGUGAUACGUCGGAAGUUAUUGUGCGAGCAGUGAUCGACACUGGCUCGCAAAAUUCUUAUAUAUUGAAAAGUGUUGCGUCUAAAUUCAAGUACAAGCAGAUCGGUAAACAAGAGCUUGUGCACCUGCCACUUGGAGGCGACCGAUCUGAAAUAAUUACGCAAGCGAGAUAUUUGAUCCGUGCUGGUAAUUCAGAUGGAAGUUAUUGGUGUAACUUCCAGACGCUCGACCAGGAAAUGAUAUACGCAGAUGUACCUACAGUGAUAGAGGGAAAAUGGAUUGAUGAGCUUAAAAAUGAGAAGAUUAGUUUUUCCGACGUGUGCAGUGAAGAAAAAUCAGUAGCAGUACUUACCGGGGUUGAUGUUGCCGGAAAAUUGCUCACCGGCAGGCUACAUACAUUACCGAGUGGACUAACCGCCGUUGAAACUCGACUAGGAUGGACGCUUAUGGGAAAGGUGCCCAUAAAGCGCGAAGAUGAUUUAAAUAUGGUUGUGUCGGCUAUUUCGAUGUUUGUAAAAGAGGCUGACAUUAAAGAUUUAUGGUCUCUAGGCGCUAUAGGGAUUAAAGAUCCAAUCGAGCAACGCCUGAAGAAGGAUACUGAAGAGGCUACAAAGCAAGCGUUGCUUAAUAACGUCAUAAUGAGUGAAGAGGGGCGGUACGAGGUGAAAGUGCUCUGGCUGGAGAAUCACCCACCCCUUAAGGAUAAUAAACAUGUGGCUGUCAAGAAACUUCAAUCGACGGCAAGAAAAUUAAAAUCAGAUGGAUUAUUUGGAGAUUAUGACGCAGUGUUCCAAGACUGGCUAGCUAAAGGAAUAAUCGACUUGGUGACGGUCGAGAAAGAGAACGAUUGGGGCCGAUACCUGCCUCAUCGACAUGUUGUAAAGGAGAAUAGCAUGACAUUUAUACGAUCGGUAUACAAUGCUUCCGACAAAGAAGAGGGGUCGCCAUCGAUCAACGAAUGCGUCGAAAAGGGUGUGAAUUUGAUAGAAUUGAUUACAGACAUCUUACUGCUAUUCCGAGAAGGUAAGGUAGGUGUAGUAGCGGAUAUUAAAAAAGCGUUCUUACAAAUAAGUAUAGAUAAGAGCGAUAGAGAUUUUUUAUGA